UGUUACCAUUCAGCAGAGAUUGCGGAAUCCUCCAAGGAACUGUUCUGGUAUUUAUAUGUAGUUUGUUUAUUUUUAUAUAGAACUGAUAUUUAACAAAACAUGUUACAGCUGGAGUGUGAGAAGAGAUGUUCUCAUCUGGUGGAGAUCGGAGAUAAGGAAGAAUCAGAUUUCCUUGCCUCCACAUUUCUAUUAAACAAUGGAUCAUUCGUUGGAGUGGUGGUAUAUUAUGCUUUGCCUUUCUUUGCCUGUGACUUGUGAGUACAAUCAUGUACUCUUCUCCCAGUCUAACAGUAAUGAAGGACUGAAUUCAUCACAAACACUCCUCUCCCCGGGAAGUUUCAGCCUCCCUCAGUGUGCAGCUUUGUGUACAGAGCAGCCGUGUUGCCUAGGGUAUCUUUACAAUAGGGACAGCAGGCAAUGCAUUCUACAACUGAGAAUGUCUCCAAGAGGAGACCACUCGAGUUCGACAGUAUUCCUCCCAGAUGACCACGGACUACGACGUUUUCGAAAAGCUUCAGGUUGUGCAGCCAGUUGGAUAAAGUACCAGGAUCAUUGCUAUUACCUAGGUGAAAAGAAAGUCAACUGGACAGACGCCAAGCGGGAGUGUGAGGAGAGAUGUUCACACCUGGUGGAGAUUGGGGACCAAGAAGAGUCAGACUGGCUUGCUUCCACUUUUCUAUUCAAAAACACUUGUCCAAUAAGCCUAUUUGACGACUGUACAGCUUGGACGGGAGGAAGUGAUGUCGAUAUUGAAGGUCAAUAUCGAUGGAGCUACUCCAAUGUACCCAUAACCUUCACCGCCUGGAAUGAGGGUGAACCGAGUGUAGGUUUACCAACGGAAGCAGAGGAAAAAGACUGUCUUGAACUGUUUAGAAAUGGCAAAUGGAAUGAUCGAUAUUGUUUUUACCUUGAUACAUUUAUUUGUGAAAUAUCUCUUGAAUAGUAGAAUAAAGCUUCAAUUGACUA